UGCACUGCGGGGAAGAGCGCGUGCGCGCGGCUCCACUGCCGAGCGACCGCGGGAAAAUUCCAAAAAAGUCAAACAAAACAAAAAACCAGUACGGGGCAAAGCCAAACUUGCAAGUCACAGAACCCGGGCGGAGGCGUCCUUUCUGCCACUGCCCAAACUGCUGAAGCAGCUCUGGCUGGCGCAGACCACCCGGUUUAUUCCCUGCUUUUGGUGGUGGAUAUCCUCUAGUAUCUUCUUAAAUGGUGUGUGAAAGAUUUGAUGUGUGGCCACUGUUUCCUUCAGUGCUUGGCGGGCUGCUGUGAAGAUACAUCACCUUUUCCCUUUUUCCAAGAUGGCUCAAGAUUCAGUAGGCUUUUCUUCUGAUUACCAAUUUUGGAUGCAGAAACUUUCAUUGUGGGACCAGGCCUCCACUUUGGAAACCCAGAAAGACACCUGCCUUCAUCUGCCUCGAUUUCAGGAAUUCCUGAGGCAGAUGUAUGAAGUCUUGAAAGAGAUGGAUUCAAAUAUGAUCAUUGAAAGAUUUCCCACAAUAGGUCAACUGUUGGCAAAAACUUGUUGGAAUCCUUUUAUUUUAGCAUUUGAUGAAAGCCAAAAAAUUCUACUAUGGUGCUUAUGUUGUCUGAUUAAUAAAGAACCACAGAAUUCUGAAGAACUGAAACUGAACUCCUGGACACGGGGCUUGCUAUCUCAUGUACUGUCAGCGUUCAAAUUUGAUACAAAAGAAGUUGGUCUUUUUAUUCAAGGUCUUGGAUAUGCACCUGCAGAUUACUAUCCUGGUUUGCUUAAAAAUAUGGUUUUAUCGUUAGUGUCUGAACUCCGAGAGAAUCAUCUUAAUGGAUUUAACACUCAAAGGCGAAUGGCUCCUGAAAAGAUAAGGUUCCUGUCGCGAGUUUGUGCACCACUUGUAACUCUGCCAGAUAUCCAACCACUGGUGGAGGCUCUGCUCACCUACCAUGGACAUGAACCUCAGGAAGUGCUCUGGCCCGAAUUCUUUGAUGCUGUGAAUGAGGCCUUCUUGCUGAAGAAGAUUUCUCUCCCCACAUCAGCUGUCAUCUGCCUCUGGCUUCGGCACCUUCCCAGCCUUGAAAAAGCAACACUGCAUCUUUUUGAAAAGCUAAUCUCCAGUGAGAGAAAUUUCCUGAGAAGGAUCGAAUGCUUUUUGAAAGAUUCAUUGCUGCCUGAAGCAGCCUGCUACCCUGCCAUAUUCAGAAUUGUUGAUGAAAUGUUCAGGUAUGCACUCCUGGAAACCGAUGGAGCCCCAGAAGUACUAGCCGCUAUUCAAGUGUUUACAUGGUGCUUUGUGGAAGCUCUGGAAAAACAAAACAAGCAGCUGAAGUUUACACUCAAGACCUACUUUCCUUAUGCUUCUCCAUCUCUUGUUAUGGUGCUGCUUCAACACCCAAAAGAUAUCCCACAAAAACUGUGGCACCAGCCACUGAAACAUAUUUCUGAAAUGCUCAGAGAAAUAGUUGAAGACCAGACUCAUGGGUCCUACGGAGGCCCCUUUGAGUGCUGGUUUUUGUUCAUUCACUUUGGAGGAUGGGCUGACAUCGCGGCUGAGCAGUUAGUGAUGUCAGAAGCUGAACCCCCGGAAGCCCUGCUGUGGCUCUUGGCCUUCAGCCACAGUCCACGUGACAGGAGUCAGCAGCGAGCACAGACCAUGGUAGAGGUAAAGGUAGUGCUCAGCCAUCUCAAGAAGCUGCUCAGAAGUCCAACUCUCUCAGCCAGGGAUCUGCAGGCAGCAGCUGCAGAGAGCCAAGACAGAGACCCCAGACCACCUUCAUGUCAACAGCUGAUCAGGCACCUCCUCCUGAACUUCCUGCUCUGGGCUCCUGGAGGCCAUGCGAUUGCUCGAGAAGUCAUCACCCUUAUGGCUCCAACCGAUGAGCUAAGCCACGAGAUUGCUGGCUUUCUUGACCAGACCUUGUACAGAUGGGAUCGCCUCUGCCUGGAAGCACCUAGGUCAAGAAAACUGGCCCGAGAGCUCCUGGCUGAGCUGCACGCUCACAUCCAGCAUCGGCAGGCUGCACAUGGAGCUGCCGUGCAUGCAGCAGGCUCCCCGAGAUCUUGUGACGAAACAAUGAGACUGAUUCAUCGUGGAACGAGUAGUGAGGAUGAGCCAUAGACAUCUUGGUGAGAGCUGCUAGAACAUAUUUUAUGAAGUCAGAAGACAAAUUCCUUAGCCCAAACUCAGUCUGGCUUAUUAGUUCAUGACUAGAUUGUGCGUUGAGCAUUCCCUACCUGCUCAGCCCAGCUGUCAGAGAAUCGCUGAAGACAAGCCUUGAAUAGGAGAACACUUUCGUUUCCCUUUUUCCUUAUAUCAAAUGAAGAUACACAACUAUUACUUGAGUGGUUCAAAGUCUUUGGACCGAGAAAUUGGUCAUGAACCACUGAUCAGUUUAGAAGUAACUUAGUCCUUUUCCACAGAUCUCUUUUUUCAGAAAUCAGGCUACUGUUAUUGGUGUUUCUUUUAAUCCACAGGGCUUUGAGAUAAAGCCACACUCUUGCUUCCCUAAGAAAUUCUUCACUAAGGAGUCUCUCGGGCACCUCCGAGGGGAAGCAGAGGCCAUCAGGCCCAGUAGCAAGUGGUAGUGACUGGGGCCACUGCUGUGGUGGGCAGUCAAGCCAGCUCAGCUGUGGAGAACAGCACUGCUUAGCAAUGAAAUAAAGCCGGUUCUAAUGCUAACUCUUUUUGCUUUCUGUUUGCUAAACACUCCCACCAAGGGAGCUCACAUUGCCUCAGAGAGGCCUGAUGUGAGAAUAUAGGAUAUGUUCUGGAAGAAGACAUUAUAUUUCAGUUGUCUAAUUAACUGAGGUGGGAAUUAGAAAUUCCUAAUAAAGAAUAGGUAACCCCAGGGGCGCCUGGGUGGCUCAGUUGGUUGAGCAUCCGACUUCAGCUCGGGUCAUGAUCUCACGGUUUGUGGGUUGAGCCCCACGUUGGGCUCUGUGCUGACAGCUUGGAGCCUGGAGCCUGCUUCUGAUUCUGUGUCUCCCUCUCUCUCUGCCCCUCCCCUGCACAUGCUCUGUCUUUCUCUGUCUCUCAAAAAUAAAUAAAUAUUUUAAAAAAUUUAAAAAAAAAGAAUAACCCUAAUAUUUAUUUCACAUCAAUUGAAAAUUUUUUCCCUUUCCAAGUUUGUUUUUUUUUCUUACAUGAGCUAAAAUCCUCCCAGGACCUCACUUUUUUUUUUUUUUUUUAAGUUUAAUCUGCGAGUGAGCAAGCAGGAGAAGGGCAGAGGGAGAGGGAGAGAAUCCCAAGCAGGCACUAUCAGUGCAGAGUCCGACGUGGGCUCAAACUCAACAAACCAUGAGAUCAUGACCUGAGCUGAGAUCAAGACACCCAGGUGCUCCUCAAGUUUAUUCUUCAUAUGCAUUGAUUGUGUACUCUUUUGUGUGUACACACUCUUUUGUGUGGGUCGAAUCAGUCAGAACUUUUAUGGCUACUUUGUUAGUGUUAGUAAUCUCUGAGUCUCCUGCAAUUUGAGCUCCUAUUUGAGGUGUGAGUAGCGUUUUGUUGUAUUAGAGGUCGUGGUUUUAGGGGAGUUUCCGUUUCGGUAUAUGGAUCUACCUAAAGAUCUGAAAAAUUCAAGAACUUUUAACUUUUGAGAAAUACUGCAGUUUGAACAGUGCACUGAUAAAAUACUUUAGUCAUGACUACCAGCAUUCUCACGUUCAUAGAAAAAGUCUUCCUCAAAAUGUGUAGUAGUUUUGAUAAAGGAGUUUUAGGCUUCAUUUAGAGUCAAGGAUAUCUCUCCUAUGUUGUUUGCCAUGGAAGCUGUGACCAGCCUCUGUGGGCAUGAAGAAGGGAAUCUGCUUAGUGGCUGUGAAUAGUCCCUAAAGUUUGAUUCCCACCAGGAAUCAAAUUCCCUUGUGGGUGUGCUCCCACUAGAAAUCCAGUCAUGCUGUAUUCCACAGCAAACAAUAUAAACAAGACUGUUACCCACCUCAGACUGUUGAAGCUGCAUUUCUAGAAGGUUCCUUCCUGUCCUGACCUUACCUCAGCCUGUUUGUAGUAUCUUCAGUUCCUUUACAAAGCCUCUAAGUUCUCUCAAGCCUUGGACAUGUGAGUCAGCACCUGACCAGACUAUCUGAUCUGGCAGCCAAGCGGUUCUUGGGUCUCAAGUGAACCUUCAUUGUCUGUGAAGGCUUUCAUGAAGGGAAUAGCAGGCACUGGUUUGUGUACUGAUUUUGUUUUCUCUCCUUGCCCUUUCCCACUAAGAAGAGGGAGAAUGCUCCACGGGGGAAACCAAGGAAAAGAGGACUGCUCCGCAAACUGGAGGGGCAGCUGCAAAGCCUCACAGGCAGUCAGGCCCUGGUCAUCACUUUAGAAGGGGUUACCCCAUCAUUCCAUUCACUUCUCUGAGGGGGAGGGAACCUCCCAAAGGGCAGAUGGAGGGGGGCACAGGGCAGAAAGGUAGGAAGCGACACCCUCCACUUGACAACCCCAGAAGACACCUUGUGCUCCCUCCACUCCCAAGCAAGCCCAUACCCAGCUACCAGUAAGGAAACCCAGUCAGGGCAGAGAAAGCCAGGGGCAGGCUGGAAACUCCACCUUCUCAUUCAGUUGCCUUGGAUUUGGGGGGGGAAAGUCUGGAGACAUGGGUGUUUUUCAGUUUCUUGAAAGAAGAUCUCGCUAGAAAAGGGCUCUGGUGAGAAUGCACAUCAAGGCAGGUGGCAUGAGCGAAGCGAAGGCCCUGUAGGCCACUGAGCCUUGUCCCCCCUUCCCCCGUUGGAGAGCCAGGAGCACGGAGGCCUACGGCGUGCAUUAAGCAGCAGGGCUGAGGCCCAGAGGCUGUAUGUGGGGUUGACCGGACUGGGUUUCUUUCCAGCACAGGGUCUGUGCCAGGCACGUGCCUUUGGCUUCCGCCAGCAGAAUAUCCAGUGAAGAGUGGCUUAAACAGGCAAGACACCUGAUGGUGUCAGACACACAAAACCCAGAGAGGUGGCUAAUUCAGCCACUCAACAAUGUCAUGGCUGCAGAUCAGCUUCACUGGAGUUCUGGCUUUUCUCUCCAAGUUCAAGAAAGCUGCCAAGCCCAGGCCUUUCUGACAGCCUCCAAGAAGGCUCUCGUGUCUCUGCUCGCAAGCCCACACCAGACCCUCAUGUCAUUGGCAGACCCAGCCGCCACAGAAUGGGGCUUGCUGCCACCCUGUUGCUAAGAUUUAUUGGGACACUAAUGAGGCUUGAGCUUCAGGGCCUUGCACCACCUGGCCCCUCCCCAGGCCCUGGGAGAGGCCCCGGCAUUGUGCUCCCAUGGUCGUCUCUUUUGUAAAAUCUGUAAAGAAACGUUAACUGCAACUGGCAAAAAUGCCUCCGUGUGCUCCUACUGUCCCCCCUGCCCCUGGGCAGUGUGCACCUUCUGCGAUCCAGCUGAGGGAAGCCAAGUUGGUUCGGCACCACUUCGGGGCACAGUGAAGUUACUGUGGAGGACCAGCUUCCAAGAAUGCUGGCACCAGCCCAACCAGUUCAGCUGGUGCUGGCCCAGGGGCUGUGGCACAGCAGAAGGGUGGCCUGUGCCACCACAGGCCCGCAGGUGCACAGGAGCAACAAUGAGGAAGUGUGAAGAGUCCUUCCAAGACCUCUGGCUUGGGUCUGGGGCGAACUUGAUAGAGGUUUUUGGAGACCUGACAACAGCUCUACAAUUCUGUGUUCCCCACAGCAAGCCGGGAAGCUGAGUAGAGCUUUCUAAAGUCUUAGUAAUGAAGUUUUAGGUAAGCGUGCUGGAGAGACUGUGGGAAUGUAUAAAAUCACUGUGCCAACAAGAGGUGAUCAGAGAGGCAGAGCUGCCAAAAACUAGAGAGGAAAGGCAUGACUGGCCACGUAUUAAUGCAAAGGCUGUCACCCACUGGUACUUCACGGUGUGUGGCAUGUUAGCUCUUUUAAAUCUGUAAUUUAUUUUUUCAUUAUAAAUAAAAAGUCACAAUACA